AUGUCUGCGAUCAACAGUGCGCGAACAGACGCCAUAAUGUCUUGCAUGCGGCGCGUGAGGCGUUACCUGGACCAAUGUUACGAUUUCGAUCACCUCCACGCCCAGAUUCCCAGCGCGGAAUACCAUAAAUACAAACAGUCCCAGCUCAACCACGUCCUCGACAUUCUCUUGACCCUGUUCGACUCGAAUUCUGGCGGCGCUGUGCCGCCCACUGACCCUCCUCACGAGCGGCCAGAGCUUGGUUGGGAUCUACCCCCGCAGUUUAAUGGUGCAAGGUUUCUGACAGGUGCCAGCAUUCAUCGGAUCCAACCCACAAGUACAAGCGAUAUGAGGGAUUAA